AUGAGACCAUUGACAGAGGAUGAGACCAAAGCGGUGUUCGAGAAGCUCGCAAAUUACAUUGGCAAAAAUUUAGUCCACCUCAUUGACAGAGACGAAGACGAUGCCUAUUGCUUCAGGCUGCACAGAGAUAGGGUAUAUUACCUCCCUUUACCUAUGCUGCAUCUCGCUACAUCAAUUGCUCGACCGAACCUCGUCUCGUUAGGGACAUGCCUAGGCAAGUUCUCGAAGAGCGGCAAGUUCAAGCUUGGUAUCACUGCCCUGGACUAUCUGGCAAAAUAUGCAAAGUACAAGGUCUGGAUCAAGCAACCUGGCGAGCUGCCUUUCUUAUAUGGAAAUCACGUCGUCAAGGCUCAUCUUGGCCGAGUAACAGAGGACACACCAGAGCAUCAAGGUGUGGUAGUUUACAACAUGUCGGACGUGCCCUUGGGCUUCGGUGUGACUGCUCGUUCCACGUUAGAUACGCGAAAGCUUGACCCAACAGGUAUCAUCGUAUUCCAUCAAGCGGAUGUUGGCGAAUUUCUUCGUGACGAAGAUACAAUGUUCUAG